UCUAAUAAACAUUUCCACGUAGCCCUCGUCGUCGGCGUCGUGGUUAUGUUGGCAGUAGGGAGAAAGAGUAUAUCUACUCUGCAUAGUAGGGUGGUAGUGGCCACUCCCACUGUCACUCGUCGAGCAAUGGUCUCCUCCUCAAGACCCACCUUUGCAGCAGAACAGGGGACUGAGUCGACCCCACCAAAAGAGCAGAAGGUGACCCUUGAAAAGCCUCCUAAACGUCCUUGGACGGCAACAAGCCUUUUCCUGUAUGGAUCGGGCAUUGCCGCUGCCACUUGGGUGGGGUACUGCGCCGUCCUAUCCGGUGGGAAUCCUCACAAAACAGAGAUUAUGAUAGAGAACAGCAUCAAGCGGUUGCCACUGUAUAGGCCUCCCGAAAGGCCAGAGGCAGAGAGGCUCAGUAAAGUGAACCAACACGGCCUUGAUGAUGCUACUAUGGAGGACCUUGCUACGUGGUUUAUGGUAGAGGACAAGAGGACGGCUGACGGGGUCAGUCGAUCGAUGGUGUUGGACCUUGUGGGGGAAUCUCUGGGGCUUUUAGAGCCCGAGGAAGCUGAGAUGGAGAAGGAGGUCGAAUUGAGGUAUCCACGAUUUGGGGAGGAGAAGGGGAAGCAGUUGAGUGAAGUGACUAAGGCAUUCGUCCACAAGGGGCGUGGUCGGCUCGAUGAGGAGAGGAGGCAAGCUGGAUGCUCCCUCAGUGAAGCCGCCGAAUUGCUUUCUAGUGUGGUUGGUAUUCACGGUGACGGUGUGGCUGAGAAGGUCCGACAGAGGUUGAGUAAAAUAGUAGAGACUAAUUACAAAGACAGCGCCUUGCCGACGGUUUCCGUGUUUGGAAACCCGAUGAACAUCCCUGCACCUCCGCAGCCACUACCUGAGGUUGACGAGGAAGAGGCCGACAGGGCUGUAUUGAAACUAGAGUUGGAGCAAUACAAGGCGGAGCUUGCUGGUGGUGAUGUGGAUAAGGAGAGGAGGAAGUGGCUACAGAAUGAGAUAAAGACUGUUGAAGGGUUAUUGCAGGAGAAGUGAAUGGCACUUUUCGGGCCUGAAACGUAUCUUACCAUGACCAACCUCGGAGUAUCUUAGUCGGACUGUAUC